AUGGACGACUUGGAAAUUUUGGAAGAGUUAGGUCAUGGUAACUACGGUGUGGUAUCGAAAGUAUUGCAUAAGCCUACAGGUAUAAUAAUGGCAAUGAAAGAGGUGAGAUUGGAACUUGAUGACGCGAAAUUCCGACAAAUCUUGAUGGAAUUGGAAGUUUUGCACAGUUGCAGCUCAGAUUGUAUUGUUGAGUUCUAUGGUGCAUUCUUCGUUGAAGGUGCAGUUUAUAUGUGUAUUGAAUACAUGAAGGGAGGCUCACUAGAUAAAGUUUAUGGAGAUGGUGUUCCAGAGGCCCCAUUAGCAUAUAUUACCAAACGGGUCAUUCUAGGAUUGAAACAACUAAAGGAUGAACAAAACAUCAUCCAUAGAGAUGUCAAACCAACCAAUAUCUUGGUUAACGAAGUUGGUAAGGUCAAGUUAUGUGAUUUUGGUGUCAGCGGCAACUUGGUCGCGUCUUUGGCUCGUACAAACAUCGGAUGUCAAAGUUACAUGGCACCUGAAAGAAUUAAGCAUACCAGUCCUGAUGUUUCAACCUAUUCGGUGCAAUCAGAUAUCUGGUCUUUAGGUUUGUCAAUCUUGGAAAUAUCGAAAGGUUGUUACCCAUAUCCUCCAGAAACUUACAAUAAUGUCUUCUCCCAAUUGAGUGCAAUUGUCGAUGGUGAACCUCCGGGCUUACCUCAAGGAAAGUUCGGUCCAGAAGCUCAAGACUUUGUUAGGCAGUGUUUACACAAGAACCCAAGUAAACGUCCAACAUAUAGAGAGCUAUUACAACAUCCAUGGCUUAAUAUGUACGAUGAUUCCCAAGGACAAGAUAUGUUGAAGGAGAUGGUCGACCAAGCCAUUGAGAAAAGCGAAUCCGAGUCUUAUCAUGAUAAGGCAUCUUAA